GGAACCCGGAGUGAGGAUUCAGCAGACUCGAACCUGCAAAAUCAUCAAAGAGAGAGAGAGAGAGAAAAAAGCGGGGGGCAAAACCCGGCGCGGCGCGGCCCGGCUUCGGGCCCCGGAGGGAGAUCCAGAUGGCAGGCGAUGGAACAGAUGGGAAAUUGUUUGUCUGGUGCGAUGACUGUGGGGAGUACCACGACUCAGAGUGUCCUGAACUUGGUCCAUUGGUGACGGUCAGCGACUCUUUCGUUUUGAGCCGGGCUCGGUCCUCCCUACCAUCUAGUUUGGAGAUUAGACAACUGGAAGAUGGAAGUGAAGGGGUCUUUGCAUUGUCACCCCUGGUAAAACGUACACAGUUUGGACCAUUUGAAGCCAAAAGAGUUUCCCAACUGGAAAAAGAAGCUGUGUUUUCUCUGAAGGUUUUCCAGAAGGAUGGACCUGAUAUUUAUUUUGACACCACAAAUGAAGAGGACUGCAAUUGGAUGAUAUUUGUGAGACCAGCGACAGAUUUUCAUCAUCAAAAUCUCACAGCCUAUCAACACAGCCAUGACAUUUACUUCAACACUCUGCAGGAUAUUCAGCCUGGUGCAGAGCUGCGUGUCUGGUAUGCUGUGUUCUACGCAAAGAAAAUGGAUAAAUUAAUGCUCAAACAAGCAGCAAAUCCAGUGAAAGACGAGAGGCAGUGUGAAAUCGAUGAGUCCAAACCUAUGCCAAAGAUCCAGUCUGUAACAUCUUUAUGUGACAAAGCAAGUGGUGAUACCACAAUCUCUGUCUCCUUGAAUCCAGAUAAAGAGAGUGGCAUAGUCCAUGCUGUGGACCCAAACCAGUGGUCUUGUAAAGUCUGUUCGGCUGUGUUCCAGGAACCUCAGCUUCUGACAGACCAUCUGAUGAGUCAUUUGGAGCAGGCCCAAGGAAUGCCAACCCUUGUGAAAGAUUCAACUCCAGCUAAAGUCGCAGGUCCUCUCGAUUCUGACUGCCCAGACUUCAUUGAAGUUGCCACAAAUUCAGAACAGAAGUCCAGGGCCAGGAGACCUCGAAAGCCAAAGCUAUGUAGGGAAGAGCCUGAGCCAGUGCCUGCAGACCCGAAUAAUGCCGCAGAGCCUGCAAGUGUUGUCAAAGCUCCUUCAAAUGUUGUACCUUUGGAAGCACCUGUAUGUGAAGGAAAAUUGGGUGAAGUGUUAAAUCAUGGAAAAAUGUUGCGGAAUGGCCGUCAUGUGCGUCCCAAUUUGAGGCAAGUCCCAAGAAGGAAUGCUUUUAUAAGCAGUGCAAUGCAGUUGAAGAUGAUGUACAGUCUUGUACCAUCCCACAGGCCUGAUACACGCAGAAAGAUCUUAAGGGGUCUCGGUGACCAGCGAGUCUAUCAGUGCCAUCUCUGCAACAAGUUUUUCAACAACAGCAGCAACCUAAAGAGGCACAUUCGUUCCCACGGUGAUAAACUUUAUAAGUGCGAUGAAUGUGAGAAGGAGUUUAGCCGGAAGGAGAGUCUGAAACAACAUGUCUCUUAUAAACACAGCAGGAAUGAGGUGGACGAUAGCUACCUGUUCCAGUGUAACACCUGUCUAAAAGCUUUUCGUAUCAGGACUGCACUGGAGUUUCACAACUGCCGAACAGGUAAAAGAGACGACAAAACAUUCCAGUGUGACAUGUGCUUCAGGUUCUUCUCAACCAACAGUAACCUCUCAAAACACAAGAAAAAGCACGGGGACAAGAAGUUCUCCUGUGACACCUGUGGAAAGAUGUUCUACCGGAAGGAUGUCAUGUUGGACCACCAGAGGCGUCACACAGAAGGUGGCAAACGUGCAAAAAAAGACGAAAGUGAGACCAAUGGAAUGGUGAAGUAUAAAAAGGAGCCUUCAGGGUGCCCUGUCUGUGGAAAGGUAUUUUCCUGUCGAAGCAACAUGAAUAAGCACUUGCUGACACAUGGGGACAAGAAAUACACCUGUGAAAUCUGUGGACGCAAAUUUUACCGUGUCGAUGUCCUGAGGGACCACACCCAUGUCCAUUUUAAGGACAUUCCACUGAUGAAUGAGCAGCAACGAGAGCAAUUUAUCAGCAAACUCGGGAUCACAGCAGAGGAAACAGAAGAACAGUCCGAUGGAGUCAACGAACCCAUUCCACAUAAAUACAGCUGUAAGAAAUGCCAGGCCACAUUCGCAAAAGGGAGUCAGUAUUUGAAGCAUUUGAUGGAGAUUCAUAAGGAGAAGGGCUAUGGAUGUACAAUCUGCAAUCGUCGCUUUGCACUGAAGGCCACGUAUCAUGCCCACAUGGUCAUUCAUAGGGAAGAAUUGCCAGAUUCUGACCCCAAUGUGCAAAAGUACAUCCAUCCCUGUGAUAUCUGUGGAAGGAUCUUUAACAGUACAGGGAACUUGGAACGUCACAAAAUAAUCCACACAGGAGUGAAGAGCCACACAUGUGAACAGUGUGGGAAGUCAUUUGCCCGGAGGGACAUGUUGAAGGAACACAUGAGGGUGCAUGACAAUGUUCGGGACUAUCUGUGCGCAGAAUGUGGGAAAGGAAUGAAAACGAAGCAUGCCCUACGACAUCACAUGAAACUCCACAAGGGCAUCAAAGAGUAUGAGUGCAAAGAGUGUCAUCGGAAGUUUGCGCAGAAAGUCAACAUGCUUAAGCACUACAAGAGACACACAGGUGUGAAGGACUUCAUGUGUGAGCUGUGUGGGAAAACCUUCAGUGAGAGGAACAGUAUGGAAAACCAUAAACUUCUUCAUACUGUUGGAAAGCAGUGGACCUGCAGUAUCUGUGAGAAGAAGUUUGUCACUGAAUACAUGCUCUUCAAACAUAUACAGUUGACUCACAAAAAGGUGGAGGCCCAGAACUGUCACCUGUGCGGCACAAAGGUUUCUACACGAGCUUCGAUGAACAGGCACAUGAGGCGCAAACACCCUGAGCAAGACAUUAGCUUACAUGAGAGUGAGCUAACAGAAAUGGGUGAAGUGAAGAGAUCGAAACGAGGGCAAAGGAAGAAAUGGAAGACAGAAGAAGAGGAGGAGGAGGAUGAAGAUGAAGAUGAGGAUGAAGAGGAAGACGAUGAAUCAGCAACAGCUGCUGAAGAGGCAACGAUGUACACUUACACAGAUAAAGAAACUGGUUUCACAGGAACUGUCGAUGAUGAGACAGAUUCUGCGGUACAGAAUAUGAGUCAGGUGGUCGUGACUCUUGGAGAUUCAAAUGCUACCACGGCAACCAGCUCCGCUGGGCUGACUAACAUCGCGGUCUCCCCCAACAUCAGCACAGUGGCUGGCACCCAUUUCACCAACCUCCAGCCCAUCACGGUGACCAACCUUACGCUGCAGGAUCGUCAAAUGCAGCUUGACUCUAUCCUGACGGUCAGCUUUGACUCUAUCAGCGGCUCCACUGUGGUGCACAGCCGGCCAAUGGAGAUCCAGAUCGAGGCACAGCCGGCAGCUGCCCAGCAGGCUCACUCCCUCGCCCAGUCCAUGAACCUGACCACCUUCGUCAACUCCAUUGCCCCAGUAGAGAGCUCGCUGGGUGAACAGCAGCAUGCCAUGACCUGGAGGGCUGUGCCACAAGCUGGGGACAGCUCUCACCACAUCCUCCAGGCACAGCCAGCCCCAGCACCGGCACAGCAACAGCAACAGCAACAACAACAGCAGCAGCAAGUUCAGAUUCAGACACCACAAUCCCAACAGACCCAGCAGCAGAUAUACAACUUCUAAAGAAAUCCACUCUGCCGCACACUCAUACAGAGACGCCCAACACAAUGUCAAUUGUGACCGACAUUCAGCAGUUUUACACAGGGGUUGGUAUAGACCCCCUCUGCCAAUCUGCACCAGACUUUAUUGAUUCUACAGCAUCAAAAACCAUCCUCAAUCACUUUUCUCCAUUCCACACAGGUUUCCAGUUUGGGAGGUGUCUACAUAAACACAGCAGAAAGAUGUUUUGAGUGUGAUAUUUGUGAUUUAAAAUGAACAUUUUUUUAAAAAAAAAUUAAAUCCUUAAAACAAAGCAGACUUGAAGUGAAAAAUAAAUGUACCUACAAUUCUGUGACAA